CCGCGGAUGAAAGUGGGAAAAACGCAUUUGGGGGAGGAUUCAAGUAGCAUCCAUAAAACGUAUUUGUAUAAAAGACAAACUUUGGUUAAUUCAGUUUAGUUUUAGGUGCCACCGGUGUUUCGGAUUAAUUUUUUCAGAAUGAAAAAAUACAUAAAUUUAAUUAUAUUGGCACUCGUGGCAGUGGAUGGAAUAUGGGCAGAAACAAACAAUGCGGAUGGUAAAAAAGAAAGAGGCAAAAGAGACACAGGUCAGGCACACACUAACGCUGAUGUGAUGGUCCAAAACAUUCUACAAUGGCUACAGGGAGUAUACACUCAAAAUAGCAGAAAAGUACGUCAAGGUUCUUUUCGGGAAUACCUCCCGCCAAGUAACACCCAAAAACCGAGACCAUUCGAGCCAGCCCAACCAGGCCAAUAUCUACCUCCAAGACACCCACCAUAUCCCCCCUCGGGAUCCAUAACACCCCAACCCCCAUUUCCCAUCUACACCAACCCAGCUACCGGAGCCGUAACCGGAGAAGGCGGUUAUUCUCCUUACGAACCAUCUGAAAGCCCUUCCUCCGGAGCUCCCACGGAGACCACGAGAUAUCCCACCAGACCAAGGCCCACCGGUUAUCCUACGAGACCCACGCAAGGAUACUCCACAAGACCCUCCACUGUUUACACGACUGCAUACCCUACUCGUCCAACUGGUUAUCCUACCAGACCCAGACCUACAGGCUACCCAACAAGACCAACUGGAGGUUAUCCAACAACUGGCUAUCCCACAAGACCCACCGGAUAUCCACCAGCAGGAACCGUUACAUACCCAACGCCUGAACAAACAGAACCAACAUCCAAACCAUCAUACAGGCCUUCCACACAGGAGACACCCAGUUAUCCCUCCGAACAACCAACCCAGCCAACUAGAUACCCCACUCCGGGACCCACAUACAUUCCAACAACUGGAGGACCAACCUACAGACCAAGCACUCCAGCUCCUACCUACGGGCCAACUUACAGGCCCAGUUCCCCUGCUCCAACCUACGGACCCACUUAUAGGCCCAGUUCUCCUGCUCCAACCUAUAGGCCAACCUACAGUCCCACAGGUCCAUCCUACAGGCCUACAGAAGGACCCACCUACAGGCCCACAGAAGGACCGUCCUACACAGAAGGGCCAACUUAUAGACCCACCGGAACAACUUAUAGGCCUACAGAAGGACCGUCCCACAGGCCUACAGAAGGACCAACCUACAGGCCUACAGAAGGGCCGACUUACAGGCCCUCCGAAGGACCAUCUUACAGACCAACAGAAAGGCCCACGACCACUCCGAACCCAGACGAUAACAGCGUUAUACCCACCCGUCCUUCAUCCAGACCAGGUGACACCACAGGGACCGGAUCUGAAUCAGGAGGAACGGUCGUUCCGAUUUCAGACGAAGACCUCCGUCAUCCCCCCCACAUCCACGACAUCCAAGUGCAAUGCGCCAAAGAUAUGAUGCAGAUAACGAUCGAGUUCAACAGGCAAUUCGACGGUAUCAUCUACUCGAAGGGCUUCUACAGCAACCCCGAAUGCAGGUACGUCACGGAAAACAGCGGACAGAUCAAGUACACCUUCACGGUCAGCCUGAAUUCCUGCGGAACGGAGUUCAUCAACGCGUUCGACACACUCGGGCAGUCGUAUCUGGAAAACGUCUUGGUGAUUCAGAACGAACCAGGAGUACAGGAAGUAUGGGAUACCAUUCGAGCUGUCAGAUGUUUAUGGGAAGGAAACCUAAGAGAAACAUUAUCCGUCAACUUCAACGUCGGUAUGCUGGCACAGGAGAUAGUGACAUUCAGCGGGGACACUGCGAUGGCUAGGCUAGAUAUCCAGUUAGGUAGAGGUCCGUUUGCCCCGGCAGCAAACGGUUUGGUGAAAAUCGGAGAAAUGAUGACAUUGGUAGUGUCUGUAACGGGUGACGCUGGAUUCGAUAUCCAAGUUAAAGAGUGCAGAGCCAAAGACACCACGGGAGAAAACAGCAUCCUCUUAACGGACGACAACGGAUGCGUGUUGAAACCGAAACUGUUCGGUGCUUUCCAGAAAACGAGGGAAACUGGCAACACUGGAGCCAAUAUAAUAGCGUAUGCAUUCUUCAACGCUUUCAAAUUCCCAGACAUCAUGGACCUGAUCUUGGAGUGCAAUAUAGAGUUAUGCAAAUCAGACUGUGAAGUGUGCCCCAAUCCAAACCAACCCCUCGAACCAGGACGUAGAAGAAGACGAAGAGAUUUAUAUAGCAAUGAAACCUUAGGAGACCCCGUUACAAUGGGAAAGAGAUUAAGUAUUAUACUUCCAGAGGAUCUUUCCACUGGUGAAGCCAUCAUAAACCUGAACGAAGCUCACAACGUUUGCGUAUCGACUCAGAGCUUCAUUGUAUCCACUAGUAUCCUAAUAACUCUACUUACAGCAAGUUGUGUUAUGAGUGCAUACUUAUGGCUGAAAAAUCAACAUCUAUCUGUGAAAAAUUAAAUGGACUUUGUUCAAUUUUGCCAGCUAUUUAUAAUUUUUACUUAAAUUAUUUUAUCAUCUUCCCAAAUGUAAAAAUGAAUUAUCUGAAGUUCCAUAAAAAGGAUCGUCACUAAUAUUGUACCUUAAAUUAUGUAAAUACUGAAUAUUUUUAAUAAAAAAUUGAAAAUA